AGGUAGUGCGAACGCCAUGGUGUUGUGUGAUUGGCAACGUCACUGUCGUCACCGCCGCCGCCGUCGUCGUCGUCGUUGUUGCUGCUGCCGUUAAAAUUCGCGAGUGCAACAGACAACCGAGCAGGUCGCGGUUUCUCGAGGCGUCGAACGCGCGAGACAGUGAUUCGAUGCCGAUCGCUCCGGGCGGAUCGAGAGACAGAACAGACAGUUGGUGAGCGAGAAAGAGCGGAGACACGGACAGCGAGUGAGUGAGAGUGAGACAGAUAGAGAGAUUGAGAGAGAGGGAGAGACGGUGAGGAAAGGUAAAGAAGAGCGAUAAAAGCGCGAGGGACGCGACGCCUUUUUUAAAAGUCCCAGUGUGUGCUCCUCCGCGGAACCACCGUCGCCGCUCCGCGUUGCGCGGUGCAGUGUAUACACGUACGUGCGAGGCCGCGUGUGCGCGCGCGCAUGUGUGUAUCCGCGCGAGUGCCUCUGUGUCGCUCUUCGAUAGUGUGUACGUUGUGUAGUAUGUACCCGCCCGUGUAGAGUGUCGUGUAUGUAUGUGUGUGUGUUGUGUGUGCAUGCGCGCGUUCGUACGUGUGUCCGUAUGCGGUGUAUCGGGAGGAGAGUGCGUUACGGUUCCUACGAGGUGAGCCUUUUAGUACUCGUACUGUCGGGUCAGCGAGCGUGAGUGCGGACGACGCGCGCCGUACCGGCACCUAGGAUCUCUCGCCCGUGUCAUCGUUCGUUGUGUUUCCUCGCUUGUCGUCCUCUUCGUCGUCGUCCGCCGAGUCGUGUCGUCGCGCGAGUCGCCGUCGCGCGUCUUGGUGUCGCAGUUAACGACCUGGUGUGUAUCGUGACGCGGUGAGCCGCGGUAUCCCCGGGUGAUUCGCGGUGGCUUGUCGGGAAAGAGUGCGCCAUGCGAGAGAGGGAUAAAUCGGUGACUGGCGGGCGGCGGCCAUCUUCCAGAUGAGUUUUUCCUCCUUUCUUCCGAUAAACGAAGCGCGCUAUGUCGUGAGGGAGAAAGACGGAGAAAGCGAGAUAUCGUAAAAGGGACCCAACGACGGAGAGAGAACGAGCGAGCGAGAGAGUAAGAGGGUGGGAGAGAGAGAGAGAGAAGGGAGACAUACUCGAGAGACGAAGCGAGAAAACGCGCAAGGGAAGAAGAUUAUCCGCGUCUAUACCACGCGACGAGAGAUGCGGUGAACGGUGCGUGAGGCUCGGCAGAGCCACGAAAUUUCACGAGCGCGUGUCGCCGCUUCGACCAGUCCUCGUUUGUGAGCGCGAGAGGGAAAGACAGUCGCUCGCUCACUCGCACGACAGAGACGGUCGCGUAUUAGGAAGUGUCGCACCGCCCGCCCGCGCGUACGCGAACAAGCGAGCGAGAGAGAGAGAAAGAGAGCAAGAGACGGUGAGUGAAGAAAGAGAGAGAGGUAGAAGUACAGCGAAACGAACCAGAGCGGAAGACGGAGAAAGAGACACAUUGCGUGCGGGGGAAGAAAACGGAAGCGGUGCGGAGAGAAACGGACACAGAGAGGCGACCCCCUAUCGUCGCGCGCGCGAGUACGUUCGUAAUCGCGUCGUUCGCGCGAGCGAGCGAGCGAGAAAGAGAAGAAGAGGGACCAUCGGCGCGAAGAACGGAGGAAAAGGGAGUAAAAAGGAUCAAUCGUCGCGGAACUCGGAGAACUCGUGUGUGCGUGCCUGUGUGUGUGUGUGCGAGGAGAAGAAGGAGCCAGGAGGGAAGCCAGGCGGAGGGAAAACGGAAGUGCGGAGAGGAACCCACCGUGGACGUUCGCCACUGCCGCCGACCCGAGGUGCCCACCCGUUACAUCGCGAUCGAGAGAGAGUGUGUAGUGCGAGAUCAAUAAUGAGACAGGUGCUCUCAUUGGUGGUGUAAAGCGAUGCGGCGGAGCUGAGAGUUUUGUCAGGCGGCACUAGGGGCUCAUGAAAAGUGCAUCCGGUGUGCGUACCGCCGCCGUAAAAGACCGCCGUGCCGCGAGGACAUUCGAGCGAGCUGGAUAUCAGUGUUAUUUAUAAUGUAGUGCCAACUUUGCAGAUGGAUAAACAGGGAUGACUGAUAACUGCUGGAACUCUGGUGGUGGCGCUGGCGUCAAGAUGGAGCACUUUCAGGCCACCCUGGACCCAAGGAAGCAGGAGUUAUUGGAGGCCCGCUUUCUCGGAGCGAGGAUGUCUGCUGGGUCACAAAUUCAGAUGGCACCCCAAUCAACUGUAAACUCUGGUCAGUCGGUUCAUAGUCAAGAUUCGAACAUGAGCACUGGCUCAUCGCACAGUGAUAAGGAGGUGGAUGCAAACACUCCAGAAAAAGUACCACGGACUGCUACUGAAAGGAAGAGAAAACGCAAGGCAGACGAUGGAGGUGGGGGUGUUUCAGGUGGCCCUAUAGGGAGUAAAGGCGCUAGAUCAAUCGCUGCCCUUGAUAAUAAGAAAAUCAAUGAGUAUUUCCCAAAGCAUCAUCUGGGUAAUAGUCCUAUCCGGCACGGUGGAGCCAAGAGCCCUUCUCCUCAGCAGGGUUAUUCUAUGUAUCCACCAUCGCCUCAACAGUUACUUUCACCCCAAGUAACAACACCCAAUUCUUCGGUGGCGGAAUUCUCUUCACUGAUGCAGCCGCCAAGACCUCACCCACAACCUCCACCUCCUCCUCCACCAGCUUCGACACAACCUGCAGGCUCCAUGGUCAGCAAGCAGGUGCAGGUAAGGCCUACCAACCUCAAUAGGACAAGCCAGGUCAGGCAAGCGAAGACUAACACCCCAAAUACGGAACUUACUUGCCAGAGGAUACAGGAAUUCGAAACUCAAGCUUCCUCGGACUUAGAACUACGUAACAGCAAAAUUGAAGAAUUAAAUAGGACAACGGACGAACUUAAGCUUCAAGUGGCUAAUCAAGUGAAAAUGAUUGAGCAGCACAAAUCACAUAUAAAUAAGUGUAUAGACGUUGUAAAGAAGUUAUUAAAAGAAAAAUCAAACAUAGAAAAAAAGGAGGCUAGGCAGAAGUGUAUGCAAAAUAGACUGAGGCUCGGCCAGUUCGUAACGCAGAGGGUGGGCGCCACCUUUCAGGAGAACUGGACCGACGGCUACGCGUUUCAGGAGCUCGCGCGACGGCAGGAGGAGAUAGCGACCGAGCGGGAGGAGAUCGAUAAACAGAAGAAGUUGCUGCUGAAGAAGAGGCCGUCGAACAGCGAGACCGGCAGGAAACGUAGCCAACCGCAAUCCUCCCUGCAUAAUGGCACCGAGGCGACGUUCUUGAAGCCAGAUGCAGUACCUGGGUAUACAUGGCAGGAGUAUUAUGAAGCUGACGAAAUACUCAAGUUAAGGCAAAGCGCGUUGAAGAAAGAGGACGCGGAUCUGCAGUUAGAAAUGGAGAAGCUCGAGAGGGAGCGGAACCUACACAUCAGGGAGCUGAAGCGUAUUCACAAUGAGGACCAAUCGAGAUUCAACUCCCAUCCUGUUUUGAACGAACGUUACCUUCUACUAAUGUUACUAGGCAAAGGCGGUUUCAGCGAAGUGCACAAGGCAUUUGACUUAAAAGAGCAGCGGUAUGUGGCUUGCAAAGUGCAUCAAUUAAAUAAAGACUGGAAAGAAGACAAGAAGGCUAAUUAUAUAAAGCAUGCGUUACGAGAAUAUAAUAUACACAAAGCGCUGGAUCACCCGCGAGUCGUAAAAUUGUACGAUGUAUUUGAAAUUGAUGCCAAUUCCUUUUGUACCGUUCUGGAGUAUUGUGAUGGCCAUGAUUUAGAUUUUUACCUCAAGCAGCAUAAGACUAUACCCGAGAGAGAAGCGAGAUCUAUUGUUAUGCAAGUCGUAUCGGCAUUAAAAUACCUCAAUGAAAUAAAACCCCCAGUCAUACACUACGAUCUAAAACCAGGUAAUAUCCUAUUAACCGAGGGCAACGUGUGCGGCGAAAUAAAAAUCACGGACUUCGGUUUAAGUAAAGUCAUGGACGAGGAGAAUUACAAUCCGGAUCACGGGAUGGACCUAACGUCCCAAGGAGCGGGUACUUAUUGGUAUCUGCCCCCGGAGUGUUUCGUCAUCGGUAAAAAUCCUCCCAAAAUAUCGUCCAAGGUCGACGUUUGGAGCGUAGGAGUUAUAUUUUACCAAUGCCUAUACGGUAAAAAGCCUUUCGGCCACAACCAGUCGCAGGCUACCAUUUUAGAGGAAAACACGAUAUUAAAGGCCACGGAGGUCCAGUUCGCGAAUAAGCCGACCGUCAGCAACGAAGCAAAGAGUUUCAUAAGAAGUUGCCUAGCGUAUAGAAAGGAGGAGCGCAUAGACGUACUGACUUUAGCUAGACAUGAAUACCUGCAACCCCCAGUGCCAAAACAUGGCCGACAAGCGAACAGCCAGCAGCAGCAGCAACAGCAGCAGAUACAGCAGCAGCAGCAGCAGAGCUCGUUCACUAUUGGCAUGUUUAGCGGUAUGAACGCGUCGAGCAGUUCGUAGUGGAGAGGAAGGACUAAGGACGAGAUCCUCGAUAUACCAAUACAUGCCAAAUCUUGAACGCUCGGACUGCACACCAUCUCAUCUUUAGGGAAAUAACGAUUGCUAUAACCAAUUGUAAAUACUAAACCGGAUACUAUCACCAUCACCACCACCCACCACCACCACCCACCACCACCACCAUCACCACCACUAUUACCACAACCACCACCGCCACACACCGUCACAACUAUACUUACAGGUCGACGACUACAUAGGACAUUGCAAGAGAGAUGCGAGACUGGUCACCGCAAGUCCAGGAGCUUGCGUCUUUCUACAAGCCACGCCACAUUAUUCAGCAUGACAAAAAAUGUUGUGUUCGUAAAUAUUCAAUUGUAUUAUCGUUCCUUGUAUCAAACAGUGCGCUGACUUGAUAAUAGUGUUUAAAAGAGAUGAGAGAGUGAGAGCGAAAGAGAGAGAGAGAGAGAGAGAGAGAGAGAGAGAAAAAGAGAGCGAAAGAAAGAGAGAAUGCGAACGAACGAGCGAGCGAGCGAGCGAACGAAAAGUUAAACAUGUGAUAAGUCAUUGUGAACUAAAAGUGACGUUUAGAUUAAGGGGGAGGGGGGCGAGUGGGGAAACAAAGCACGUGUGGAAAAACGAGAAAGAGAGAAAGUGAAAAAGAAAGGAAGAAAGGAAGAAAAUGGGGGGAAGGGGAGAGCGAUGAAAACAAAAAUGAAACGACGGGAAUACCUGGCAUAGAAGUAUAUAACUUAUUUGCAGAUAAUACGAUAAUACAAGGCAGAAACGAAGGAUGGACAAGGGGGGAGGGGGUAGGGGGUGGAACAAAAAUAGGAGCGAAAAAAAGAAACUCGAGGAAAAGCUAUUGGAGCAAUCGCUUUCACAGAGACGUUCCUCUCUCCUGGCGUUUAGUGUGCGUGAGGGAGCGAUAGAGGAUUGUUAAAAUUAGCGUGAGUGUAUAUAUUUAUACUAUAUAUAUAUAAAUAUAUAUAUAUAUAUAUAUAAACUAAUAAAUCCGACAUAAUAUAUAUAUAUGGUGUAAAAAGGACAAGCAUUGACAGUGGGAAGACAACUGUGGUGGCUCUAUCCUCGCAUGACUUUCGGCGCCGGUCCGGCAUUCCAUGAAUGCUUGGCCCGCGCAUCAUGUUACUUUAUUCGAAUAUUAACAUUAUUACUUGUAUCAUGACUAAUAACGAUUAACAUACACGCGCAUCCAUGCCUACACACGAAACACACACACGACAUGAUACACGGAGGAGAGAUUUGGUUGGUUGUUCCUAUUCUGAGACGAGAGUGGGCUUUUAUCUGUGUCGGAACGAUAGACCGAUACAAAUGAAGAGAGAGAGAGAGAGA